GAAUCGUAUAAAAGUGAUCAAAACAAGGUAAAGGAUCAUCAGUUCGUUUGAUUCCUCAAGCAACAACAAACACUCUCGUCCAAAAAAAACUCGAAUUUGAAAUGAGUAAAUUGAUGAAAUUCGUUGCUCUCACGGCCGUUCUUGGCUGUUUUCCACCUGCGACUGUUACGGCCACUUUCUGGGGCGAUUGGGGCCCAGUUGAUUUCUGUCCAUUAGGUGAGUGGGCGGUUGGAUUUUCAUUGAAAACAGAGAAACCACAAGGAGACGGUGACGACACGGCACUCAACGGCAUCGCGCUGAGAUGCUCAGGCGGGAGCAGGAUUCGCUCGACUGAAGGACCAUGGGGAGAAUGGGGUAAGGAAUUCCUUUGCCCGUCUGGCAGUUGGCUUAGAUCAUGCCAACUUCGCGUUGAACCUAAGCAGGGAGCAGGAGACGACACGUCGGCCAAUAAUUUGAACUGCAUGUGUAACACCGGUCUGGAACUGCUUGGCGACGGGGGCAGUCGGGGCGAUUGGGUGGCAUGGAUCAACUGCCCCAGAGGCAUCGUGACUAUACAGACCCGAGUGGAGGGAAAACAAGGAACUGCUGGAGACGACACGGCUCUCAACGACUUUAGAUUCACUUGCUGGGAAAAUCGUCCAAUGAUAUAGACGCGUGAACAACAGUCGGUUUUAUCAGUCUGAUUGCUGUAUGAUUCUCUUAUUCAUUUUACUUUCAAGUUCUUCUAUCACAACUAAGUGUAAAAUUCGUUAAGAUUUACAAUAUCGCACCAACCACAAGCGAA